ACUAUCGCAUCGAUUAUAGGCGUACGACAUUAGACUAAGCUAACUGACUAACUGCAAAAGAGUUUGCUAUUUUCGAAAAGCAUGCAGUCACAUGCAUAUUUCGGAAACGAACUUUCUAGAUUAGAUCCCAGGGUCCUCGGCUCUGGCGCUCGUCUACCGCCGCGUCAUCAAGAUGAUCCCAGCUCCCAGUAGAGAUUAAGAAUUGUUUAUUCCUUCUGAGAGUAUAUUUCAUGAUAUAUUUGCCUGGAUAAGCGGCCUGAGCAUUUAACCUUCACUUUUCCGUUUCCUGCGCCGCUCCGGUGAUUUUCCCACUUUAAAUCGGGUGUCGCGCGUGAACCGGGCGCUUUUUUUUUUGAACCGGGCGCUCUCCGGUGCAUCGCGCCAGCAGCUGGUACAUUAUUUAUUCACUUGCACUUUUUUCGACGUAUGACGUACGACGUGCCUCGCAGGUGCAUACAUCACCGUCAUCGUCUUCCCUCCUGUAUCAUGCUUUACCUCAUCAGCUUUGACCGGCUCUAUUGGACGUCUCGUCUUUCUGGACAUAAACGGCUAUUAAACUGUUAUUCAACUUCUGGUCUUCCGGUUUAUAUGAGCGAGUGUGUGCUCGAUGACGGCUGUCCACUCCAAGCACCUGACCGGCUGACAUCGGAAAGUCCCCGUCGGCUCCUGCGCACGGGGCCACAAUGCCAUGCGUCCCUCGGGACAUAAUUAAUGUUGGGCGAUGCUGUGGACUUGCAAUGGCCCUCUUCCCUGCGCUGUGUCGCUGAGUCGACAAAGUGGUUUCCUGUCUGCUGCAGCAGUGACCGACGGUGGAAAUAUUGGUUAACGCCCAUGGGAUAUGUCAGCCACACCCAUUCAUACGCCGCCGAAUCAAACGUUGGGCCUUUGCUUCGAGACGCAGGACUUACGCUUUGCCACAAACCGAGUCGUGUCCGAUUUCCCACGCCAGACGGAGUCCUGUCUAAGCAUUACCGAGGUGCAUUCGAGGCAGAUCGAGGCUUAUCCCAGCCAGACAGAAUCGUAUCCCAGCAGGACAGAAGCGCACCCCUUGCAAGAUCAGAACAUAAAAAGCCAUCGUCCUCCUUCGACCUGGCCAUCGACAACUAUCUCAAGGACUUUGGCUAUGGCAACCAAGGCUGAAACUACGCGGUCUACUAGACUCUGGAUAGAUCUUGUUGUUAUUAGGUUUAAGGAUAUAAAUAUUUUACAUUUUUUUAUAUAUAUAGAUAAGAUACUAGGUUAAGUUAUGACGAAUAAAACUAUUGAAAAAUCA